CACCCGGCACCACCCAAGACAUACCCAUCCUAACCUUAUUCAAUAUUCCCGUCUCCACCGCACCCCCGUGAAACCAACAGUCCCAGAACACGAUUACGACAGCAGUCCAACAAAUACGAAAGUUCACACUCAACUAUCAAAUCUUCUAUUCCUCAGUGAAAAGCAAUUAUACUCUUCAAAUCCUCACAACCCACUUUAUUCUUGAAAAAUUAAACAAAUAAUAUCAUACACAAUUGAAUUUCACUGCAUGGCAUCACCCAAGAAACCGCCGGCAGAAACCGAACGCGUACCGUCUGCGACCCUACAUCAACCAGCUUCGCCACGCUUUCCUUCCGGGACACCCAUCUCUGGGGCCAAUCGCAAGAUCGCGAUCGCCGUCGAUCUUAGCGACGAGAGUGCCUUUGCCGUCAAGUGGGCCGUUCAGAAUUAUCUCCGUCCCGGGGACUCAGUUUUUCUCCUUCACGUUCGAGCCACAUCCGUCCUGUAUGGUGCCGAUUGGGGUGCCAUUGAUCUUUCUGUCGACAUCACCACAGCCAUGGAUGAAAAGUCCCAGCAGAAACUGGAGGAUGAGUUCGAUAAUUUUACUACCUCUAAGGCGAAUGAUUUGGUGCAGCCGCUGGUGGAGGCCAAUAUUCCGUUCAAGAUUCACAUAGUGAAGGACCACGACAUGAAGGAAAGGCUUUGCCUGGAGGUGGAGAGGUUGGGACUGAGUGCAGUGAUCAUGGGGAGCCGGGGUUUUGGGGCAACCAGGAGGCACACCAAAGGGAUGCUUGGGAGCGUCAGUGAUUACUGUGUGAAUCAUUGCGUAUGCCCUGUGGUCGUGGUGAGGUCUCCGGACGAGAAAGAUGGAGGCUCUGCUAAUACUGGUAGUGACAGUGAGGGUUCGACUAAGGCAAGAAAGGAUGUUGAGGGGCUUCAUCCAGUGCCAGAGGAGGAGCCCGUGUAUCAUGAUGCUUUGGACAAGACUAGCGAUGUUGAUAAGGCUUCUUGAGCAAAAGGGAUAGGGUGGCUGGGAGGCUCUGAGCUAGUGAAAUGAUCUCUCUCGAUGUGGAUUUGUGCCAUGUGAGAAAUGAAGUGUGGUAGUGUUGAGGUCUUUCUUUCUACUUACACCCAGGAACUGUAUUUUCACCCUGCGAAGUUUGGAUGGAUCAUCUUUCUUGAGUUUCUUACCUUUGUUUUAGGGCCUAAAAGGAUUUGCACUGCUUUCCAUAUUUGCAAGUUACAGUUCAAACUUCCUUUGCAAACUUGUUCUUCCAGCUUUAUUAUGUCAAGUGGAAGUUAUGGUAGAGCUGGAUCGUUAUAUAAAAGGCUCCUUCAUACUUUUCAUUUUAGAAUUGAGUGUUUUGAGUAUAUGUUGGAGAGUUUGAAAGUCUACUUGUGUUUUCUGAUGUUUGAUUUGAAUGCUGAUUAAUACAGACUUCCCAAGGCAAUACAGAAUCUGAAAUUGCAGUGA